AGGAAGGGCGUGCUUUCCCUAUUUAAACCUACACCCAGACGUUGUACCUGUAACGGACAUUCUCACCGCACAUCCCCGUACCAGCCUCUCUCGGAACCAGAACGUACCAGUACACGUUCCUGUAUACCAGAACCAGUGCAUUGCAGCAAACCUGAGUGCUUGGACAUCAUCUAAGAUGGGCGACAACAACCCAGUGAAGCAGGGAGUGGAGACCUUUGACAAGAAGUGUCUAAAGAAGACCAAUACAGCUGAGAAGAACACCCUGCCAACCAAGGAGGAUAUCGAGCAGGAGAAGAAAGCUGAAGGAGGCUCCAAAUGAAACGCCAUGGUUCCUCUCCUCCAGUCGUCGUUCUCUCUUCUCCUCCUUUUAAGAAAUAUGUCUAUCAUCUCUGCUUCUGCUUCUUUGCGUUUCACCAUGUUAAUUCAUCACAAUGGCGUUGACUGUGAUGCUGUGGGGUUAGGGGUGCAUGAUUAGUAAAGGGAAGGCCACUACCAUUUUAACCGUCAAUGUUUUGAAUUAUGCUUUUUCAUGCAGUCUUGGUUGGAAAGGGAUAAACUAAGAUCAAGAUGGAAAAGACAUGGCGUUUGUUGAAAAAAAGGAAGAACUGAGCAUGUUGUGUUUGUGUCAAUGACAUAUAAUACUGUCACCAUCAACAGUUAGUUCCACUGUCAACUAUGCCCAAUGUUCUGCCUGUACACAGUGCCAUUCUGGAUAAGCUCUAUAACAAUAACAUGAGAGAAGAUAUUUUUGUUUUAAUAAAAUUUGUGUUUUA